AUGGGAGAAACACAGAAGCUGUGGAGCUGCAAAGAGAAGGGACUCUUUCAAUAUCUGAUCUUGCUGUUUGUUUGGAAAGCAGUUUCUGGGCAAAUUCACUAUUCCAUUCCUGAAGAGAUGCACAAAGGCUCUUUCGUGGGGAAUAUUGCAGAAGAUCUAGGAAUGGAUGGAAAGCACCUCUCAGACCAUGACCUGCGGAUAGUUACUCGAACAGGUAUGGUUCAGUAUUUUACAUUAAACAUCAACAAUGGUCAUUUACAGACCUCUGAGAGACUAGAUAGGGAGGCAAUCUGUGGAGAGGCAGAGAAAUGCAUCUUAAAAUUUCAGGUUAUGGUUGAGAGUAAAAGAAAACUCUAUGGAAUUGAAGUGGAAAUUACAGAUAUAAAUGAUAAUGCUCCUCAUUUCCCUCCUGGGGAACAGGAAGUGAAAAUCAAUGAAAUAUCUCCACAGGGGUCCCGGUUUCCUCUACCUGAAGCUCAGGAUCAAGAUCUUGGCAUAAAUUCUGUGCAGAGUUACCAGCUCACAGGCAGCAGCCAUUUUUCUCUGGAUGUGAAAAAGGGAGAAAACGGUGCCAGGCGUGUGGAACUGGUGCUGGAAAAAGUUCUCGACAGGGAAGAGCAAUCAGUGUAUGACCUAACCCUCACAGCUACUGAUGGAGGCGAUCCGGUCCGGACAGGCACAACUCAAAUACAGGUCAUUGUUUUAGAUGCAAAUGACAACGCGCCAGUCUUCAGUCAACCACUCUACGCAUUUACCAUUGAGGAGAAUAUAUCUAAGGGCUCCACAAUCGGUAGAGUUAGAGCUGCUGAUCUGGAUGAAGGAAUCAAUGGAGAGCUGAGAUACUCUUUCAAGAAAGCCACCAAGAAGGACUCACAAAUGUUUUUUUUGAAUGCAACAACUGGCAUAAUAACAGUCAUAGGGGACGUUGAUUUUGAGAUAUCCCCCUUUUAUGAAUUUGAGGUGCAAGCUGAGGACUAUGCAGGACUGUUUGACAGGGCAAAAGUUGAGAUCACAGUUACAGAUCUGAAUGAUAAUGCACCUGAAUUAACCGUAACCUUUCUCACUAACUCUAUCAAUGAGAACUCACCAACCGGAACUGUUAUUGCUAUUUUAAAUGUAGAAGAUCAAGAUUCAGGAAUUAACGGUGAGGUCACAUGUUUAAUUCCCCAAAUCCUCCCUUUUCAGCUGAAAAAAUCUACAGAUAACUUUUAUAGUUUGGUGACAGUUGAUGCCCUUGACAGGGAGCAGAGAGAAUCUUACAAUAUAACUGUUUCUGUAACUGAUCAUGGGACACCAUCUCUUUCUAUGGACAUGGUAAUAGCCCUUCACAUUUUAGAUACAAAUGACAACCCUCCUCACUUUUCGAAAUCAGUUUACACAUCUUACUUCAUGGAAAACAACCAGAGAGGAGCUUCAGUCUUUUCCCUAACAGCAAGUGAUCCAGACUGGGAAGAAAAUUCCAGAAUAACUUAUUCCAUCUCUAAAAGAGAUAUCAGUGAUUCCUCCCUUUCGUCCUGCCUUUCCAUUAAUUCUGAGACUGGGACUAUUUAUGCUUUACGUCUUUUUGAUUAUGAAGAGUUCCAGGAGAUUCACUUCCAGGUCAAGGCCCAAGAUGGAGGCUCUCCACCACUCAGCUCCAAUGUCUCAGUGACUCUCUUCAUCCUGGAUCAGAAUGACAAUGCCCCAGAAAUCCUGUAUCCUUCCACCCCCACUGAUGGCUCCACUGGGAUAGAGCUGGCCCCCCACUCCUCUGAGCCAGGUUACCUGGUCACCAAAGUGGUGGCCGUGGAUGCAGACUCUGGCCAGAAUGCCUGGCUCUCCUAUCAGCUGCUGAAGGCCACAGAGCCAGGGCUCUUCACCAUAGGGCUCCACACUGGAGAGAUCCGGACGACCCGUCCCUUUCUGGACAAGGAUGCUCUCAAGCAAAGCCUGGUGGUUUUGGUGAAGGACAAUGGGCAGCCCCCUCUCUCUGCCUCAGUCACGGUCACCGUGGUGCUGGCCAACAGCAUCCCUGACAUACUAACUGACCUGAGCAGCAUCUCCGCCCCUGCAGACCCCCAGUCGGACCUCACCUUCUACCUGGUGGUUGCUGUGGCUUUCGUCUCCUGCUUGUUUUUCACUUUCCUCCUUGUGUUGCUGGCACUCAGGUUGUACAGAUGGAGAAAUUCUCAGUUGUGUGAUUCUGGAAGUGUGAAUUUCAGUGGAGUCCCAGUUUCACAGUUCGUGGGGAUCGAUGGAGUUCAAGCGUUUCUUCGCUCUUAUUGCCAAGAAGUUUCUCUCACUACAGACUCUAGGAAAAGCCAGUUCAACAUGUCUAAGGCAAAUUAUGCCAAUACUCUGACUAAUCAAUUGACUGGUGAAGUAAAGGAUUCUAUCCUAGCUGGUGAAGACUUUAAUUUAAACAGGGAAGAUCAGAUCAUACUCCAGGUGAGCUAA